UCCCCCACUCUUCUGCAACUGCCUGCCUCCUCCCCAUCCCAUCCCUCUCCUUCUCUCCGAUAAUGGCGUCGUCUACCUCAUCCCUCAUCCUUCACACCUCCAGCACCCCUUCAAUCUUCCUCCCAAGAUGCCCCCCCACCGUGAAGCGGAGAUCCGUCGGUGGAGCUCGCGCCACUGCCUCCGGCUCGGCCGGCAAUGCCAGGCCGUCGUCGUCCUCUUCGUCCACCUCCAAUUGGUUGAGCACGAUCUUCGGCUGGCCGUCGGAGCCUGACUACAUCGACGGCGGCGAUCCGAAAUCCGAAGAGAAUCAGCCGCCACCUCGUUCUGCAGGCGGAGGAGAAGAGAACGAGCUCGCUAGCCGGAGGAGCGGAUCGUCGCGGUUCACGCCGGGUUGCUUCACGGAGGAGAAGGCGAAGCAGCUGCGGAUGAAGACGAUGGAGACGUCCGCAUUCCACGACGUCAUGUACCACUCCGCGAUCGCCGCCCGCCUAGCUUCCAGCUUCCCGGAUCCCCCCCGCGGCAAGGGUUCCCGCCGAUCGCCGCCGCUGGACCCGUAGGCCUAUUUCCUGCAGCCUCUACGGUGGCGAUACCUCCCCCACCUCCAAUUUGCCGACAUAACCGAGAUGUUCCUCCUUUCUUUUUCCAAUUUCCCUUCUGUAUUAUUUUAAUAUACCCGAGUGUUUUGGACCUCUGAUCUUCAUGAUGCACGGCCCAGAUUUGUUCUGGUUCAUUGAGGCUCUCCUGUUACCGACGACACUACAAAUUUUGUAUAUAAUCUUUAAGUUUAGUUUGGGGGAUCUUCGUUCUGCCAAUAGAAUAUGCUUCUUGAUUUCUCAA